UCAAUUCUGCAAGUGGUUCUGAUUUACUAUCGCUGUUCUCUAGUCGGUCUAAAACCGCUUUUGACCUAAAAGGACCCUUUUUGGACACCAUGGACAUUUCUCUGUUUCCAGGCAGAAAGAACAGUAAAAAUGCAGGCAGGGCACAGGACAAAGCACUCGGGACAAAAUGUAUGUGAAAUGGUUUGAUACAGAAAUGUUAUACUUUUUACAACUUUCAAAUUUCCCGCCAGUUCUGUCCCCCGUAUGUCCUGACGUCGCAGGGAACGGAACCCGGAAGACAGAUGCCGGCAUCGGCCGGAGGACAUUACAGGGGACACUGCAGGAGGGACAU